AGGGAGGGCUAUCAUGUCAUUGUAAAGCUGGCUUCAUGGGUAAUGGCUUCCAGUGUACUGAUAUUGAUGAAUGCACUAACCCAGGGCUUUGCCAUUGGAAUGCCACCUGCUUCAACAACCCUGGGUCCUAUAUGUGUACCUGUAAUUCUGGCUAUAAGGGCAAUGGAAACUACCUAUGUCUUGAUGUAGAUGAAUGUUCAGUGACUCCUCUUAUCUGUUCUUCCGCACUUGGCUACAGAGGCUGUAAAAAUCUACCAGGCACUUAUCAGUGUACAUGCAGCAGUGGCUUCGAAAGUAACGGGCAGAGCUGUGUAGACAUCAACGAAUGUGAAACCAAAAUUUGCAGUGUGUACGCAAAUUGUGCAAACACCAUUGGGUCAUACCAGUGUACCUGUAAAAGUGGCUUUGUAGGAAACGGGCUGACAUGUGCAGAUGUAAAUGAAUGCUAUGAAAACAAUCUGUGCGACCACAAUGCUGCUUGUAUCAACAGGCUGGGGAGUUACGAGUGUUCCUGUCGGGGAGGUUUUGUAGGGGAUGGACGUGUCUGCUCUGACACUGAUGAAUGUACAACGCCCAACAUCUGCCCAUCUCCCACUGUCUGCAUCAACACUGCUGGGUCAUAUUACUGUGAUUGUGGCACUGGUUUCAUUUUCAAUAACUCCAAGUGCCAGGAUAUGAAUGAGUGUGAGGCAGGCCUCUGCAGCCCCUACGCAACCUGCACAAAUUCGCCAGGCUCCUUCGUUUGUUGGUGUCCAGCAGGGUACAAAGGAGACGGCUUCAGCUGUGCAGAUGUGGAUGAAUGCUUGCUGGCUAAGCAGUGCCACUCCAAUGCCCUUUGCACUAAUCUUCCUGGCUCCUACAACUGCACCUGUCGGGUGGGUUAUUCUGGAGAUGGGGCAAUCCUGUGCAAUGAUGUGAAUGAGUGUCUGGUCGAUAAUGGAGGAUGCAGAAACAAGGCUACAUGUUUCAACAGCCCAGGUUCCUUCUCUUGCCUGUGCCAGCCAGGCUUUGUCUUAAUUAACCACACUGUUUGCCAGGAUAUAAAUGAGUGUAAGGAAAUGAACAGUACAUGUAGAGCUAAUGAAGAGUGCCAGAACACUGAGGGGUCAUAUGAGUGCCACUGUCAGGUCGGUUUCUACCGCCCUGUCAAGAACAUGGACUGUGUUGAUAAGGACGAGUGUAAAGACAAUCCUUGCCAUAUAAAUGCCACAUGCCUCAACACCAUCGGGUCCCACACUUGCACCUGUAAACGAGGUUUUUCAGCAAAUGGCAGCAAAUGUGAGGAUAUAGAUGAGUGUUCGGCUAUGGGUACCUGCGACCCAAGGGCACUAUGCACCAACAGCAUAGGGGACUUUGUCUGCUCAUGCCAACAGGGUUUCAAAGGUGAUGGCUUCUUCUGUCAGGAUGUGAAUGAGUGCACCCUCUCUGAGACCAUCUGCCCAGCCUUCUCAAAAUGUAUCAACUCCCCUGGCGCUCAUGUCUGUUCAUGUUUGAAUGGCACAGUUGUCUACAAUGGCACAUGUGUGCCACCCAGUCCAUUGUGUGACCCUGCCUGCCACUUUUAUGGCCUGUGCCACCGUUCACCUGCUGGAUAUCAGUGCGUGUGUGACCUGGGUUAUGAGGGUGAUGGGCUGUCUUGCUCUGAUAUAGAUGAGUGCCAGAUGGAAACCAGUUGUUCUAAGAAUGAAACUGAGUGUGUGAAUAGCCCAGGAUCAUUUUCCUGCAUCUGCAGGAAAGGAUACACCCUCAAUGGAACACAGUGUCUCGAUGUGAAUGAGUGUGAGACAGGGCAGCAGGAGUGCAGCAAGUUUGCCCAGUGUGUCAACACAAUUGGUAGCCAUUUCUGUUUCUGUCUCAAUGGCUUCACAGGUGAUGGGAAGAACUGCUCUGACAUUGAUGAGUGCCAUGUCCAAAAUGGAGGAUGCCAUCCACUCGCCAGCUGCAGUAACAUACCUGGAUCUUUCUACUGUGCCUGCCCACCUGGCAUGGAGGGCAAUGGCUUUGACUGCCAGGAUGUGAAUGAGUGCAAGCAGAAUUCCACUCUGCUACACAACUGCAGCACCAAGGCUUCGUGCCUCAACACAUAUGGGUCCUACAGCUGCCGGUGCCAGAAUGGAUACCAGGGUGACGGCUUUGUUUGCCAGGAUGUGGAUGAAUGUCAGCUGACCACAACCUGCAGCAGCAACAUGACGUGCAGCAACACCCCCGGUUCAUUCAUUUGUUUUUGUGCCUUGAACCUGGAGUAUGACAUUGGCACAUGCGUGACAGAAGACACUUGCCUGAAUGCUAGUAAUGUCUGUCACCCCCAGGCCGAGUGCCACCCAUACAUGGGUUCUUUCUACUGCGGGUGCAAAGAUGGUUUUAAAGGAAGUGGUACUAACUGCUCGGAUGUAGACGAAUGUGACCAAUCACAAGAUCAAGUCUGUCCUGCCUUCUCCCACUGCUUCAACUCUCCUGGCUCCUUCUUCUGUGACUGCUGGGAAGGGUUUAAAAAAAAUGGGACACACUGUCAGGAUUUAGAUGAAUGUGUGACAAGAAACUUUAGCUGUCCUGACAACAGCACCUGCUAUAACACAGAAGGGGGCUACAAAUGCAUCUGUGACCCAGGCUUCUCAGGCAAUGGCUCCCUGUGUGUGGAUGUAAACGAGUGCUCCCUCGGCCUCAUCCAGUGCCCUAAUUUCUCCCGCUGCCUAAAUACAAUUGGAUCUUUUGUCUGUAAGUGCUGGGACGGUUACCAAGGCAACAAGACUGACUGUGAAGAUAUCAAUGAAUGCCUAGACAACUCUACCUGCCCUGAACAUAGCACCUGCAUCAAUACCAAUGGAGGCUACCUGUGUCUUUGUGACAAUGGAUUUUCCAGUGUGGGUGACUUGUGUGUAGAUGAUGAUGAGUGCGGUGACAUAAAGUUGGGGGAGCUUUGCACUAAUGGGACAUGUAUGAAUACUAUUGGGUCAUAUUACUGUGAGUGCAUGAAAGGAUUCUGGAGCAAUGGGACAGAGUGCGUGGAUGUAGAUGAAUGCUCAGACUCCUUCAACUCUUCAGUGUGCCAACCCUAUUCCACAUGUGUCAACAUCCCCGGAUCUUACCGUUGCCUCUGCAAAGAGGGAUUUAUUCUGAAUGGUACUACAUGUCAAGAUAUAGAUGAGUGUCAUGACCCGCACAGCACCCCAUGCCCUAAGCACUCAUUAUGUAACAACAUAGCAGGGUCUUUCUUCUGUCUUUGCUCUCCUGGGUAUGAACCCAUUCUCUUGGGCUGUGAGGAUAUCGACGAAUGCAAGGACAAUGGCACUUGCCGCUUUGACCAGGUGUGCACCAACCUGCCUGGAACGUACUAUUGCUCUUGUCCGUUGGGGUAUCAUGAAGAGAAACAGGAAUGUGUUGACACUGAUGAAUGUGAGAUCUCACCAUGCCACCCCUUGGCACGCUGCUGGAACUCUCCUGGCUCCUUUUCAUGUCACUGCCCUCAGGGCUUCGCUGGAAAUGGCUCCUGGUGCAAAGAUGUGGAUGAGUGUGUUGCCCUGGCCAAACCAUGCCACCGUCUUGCACGCUGCCACAACACCCAAGGGUCGUUUAUAUGUGUGUGCGUGCCCGGCUUCAUAAGCAUUGGGCUGCUGUGCGUAGACUUUGAUGAGUGCCAGCAGGCUAAUGGGCAGUGCCACCCUGCUGCCACCUGCUCCAACCAUGUAGGAGGUUUCAAAUGCUCAUGCAGUCGUGGCUGGAAAGCCACCAAAGAAAACGGUCAUGGAGUAGAAGGAUGUGUGGAUUUGGAUGAGUGUGUCUCUCCCAUGGCAUGUCCUGGACAUACAUCCUGUACAAACCUGCCAGGGUCUUACAGCUGUUCCUGUCCCAUAAAUGGCACAGUGUGCGGAACGAUGAUGGCUCUGCAGGAGAGCAUCCUGUACCCCUUUGGAGUAGAGGUUGGUGAUAAAGAAGUAAAGGUGGACUCAGAAGAUGGAAAUUCACCAUACAUAACACCACCAAUGGGUUUCCCUUUUAUGGGGAAAUUGUAUGACAGGGUUUAUUUUUCUGACAAUGGCCUUGUCCAGUUUCAGUCUCUCACUGAGAAUGAGCAGUACCUGCUCCCUGCUCCUUUAGCCAGUGGUUUCCCUGAUGACAUGAAUGUGACUCUAUUGGCAGCGUUCUGGGAUGAUGCCAACCUCACCACUGGGGCUGGACAACUGCUCUAUCAGGAAUACUUUAAGAUGGAUAAACCAAAUGUAUACUCCCAGAUAGUGUUUAAUCGCACAGCAGAUGAGGUGACAAAGUUUGAGAUGCAGCGAGGCAAGCUUCCUUUUACUCCUGCCUGGGUCCUCAAGAUCACUUGGGAUCAUGUGAUGCCUGUCUACUUCCAGAAUAUCAACUUCUCAGAGACUAACACUUUCCAGUGUAUCCUGACCACGGAUGGAGCACGCUCUUUUGCCCUCCUGCGAUAUGGGGAGAUGGGCUGGGGUCCUGGCCAGAGGCUGUAUCAUGAUGCCCUCAUAGGCUACACAAAUGGAAAAUUCACCUUUAAGGAGCCCACUGUUCCCCCAGAAAACCUUUUUGGGCCUGGGGGCAGAUACAGGCCACAGCAGGUGAAAGGGACCUUGGGGAAGUUAGGACAGCUGAUUUAUGAUUUGACAGGACCAGUAGGCUCAGACAUGGAUUCUCAAGUCCAGUGCCAAGUGUGGGCAGUAAAGGAGCCUGAUCCUGCUGAGUGGACAACGGGGUUGUCUUCAUGUCCCUGCACCCGAUACUGCUGA